AUGAAUGGCAGUGAUCCUUCAGAAAAGUAUUUCAAAACAUAAUGUGAAAAAGCUAAUUCAACAUAGUUUAUGAAGUAUAACUAUGGAGUUUUUUAUUACGAUUCUCUAAGUACUCCUCCUCCUUCUAAUAAUGAAGUCAUAAAUAUUGGAUAUUUUCCAUUUAAUAUAAGUUUACCUCAUUUUGAAAGAGAAAUAGUCAUAGAUACAUUAUAUCUCAGAUCUAAUUUGACAAAAAAUAUUGUUUAUAAUAUAGACGGAAACGAUAUUCUUGCUUUUUAAUUGACUGGUAAUCAAUCUGCUUUAAAUUAUCCAUGUUCUAAUUUAAACCAAAACUUAACUAUUUAAUAAUUCUUUAGAGCUAGGUUUUACUAGAACUAAACAAUCAAUAAUUAUUCCUUAACCGUAAGAGUAAGUGAAUAGAUGGAAAAUAAUACUUAUCUAUAAUCUUUACUGCUUAGCUCUCUGUAAGUGAAUAUAAACACAUGCCAUCCUUCAUGCCUAACUUGCUUUGGACCAAAUAAAGACUAAUGUUUAUCAUGCUCAGAAUAAUCAAUUCCUAGCAAUCCCUAAAUUUAAUGUAAUUGUUCUAACCUUAACCAAUUUUUUUAAAAUGGAAAAUGUGUAAAUUAAUGCGACAUAUCAAAUGGCUAUUUUUAAAAAUUUCAAUCUGAAAAAGUUUGCUAUUACAUAAAUAAUAAAUGUACGUAGUGGAAUAAUACAUUAUAAAAAUGCGAUAAGUGCCAAAACCCAUUAUUACCUCAAAUUGAAUCAUGUGUUAAUUAAUGUUCUGCUGGAUACUAAAAGCUUUAAAUAGCCAAAACAAUUUCCUUUGAAUGCGUGUAUAUCGAUAGAAACAAAUAAGGAUAUUAAAUUUUAUUAUCUGGGUUGCACAAUAACUUUUUCUCUUAGAUUGAAAUUGAGAGGUUGGGAUUCACUUUCUCUGGUUUUAAAUAAAUAAAUAAUUUUAGCGCAAUCCAAUCAAAUUGUGGUGGGUAUUAACUUUUUGGUGGAUUCUUUAUAAAUAAAAAAGGAAGUACUAUUUAAUACUUGAAAUAAUAGAUAAGCACAGGCCAUAAAUUAGUUAAAGUGUAUUUUAAGUACUUUUUAAUAGAUUAUUAAAAUUCGCAAGAAUCUUAAAUAUAAAUAUGGCUUAAUGAUCAAAAUGUUUAAAUUUAACUAAAUUAGGCUUAAAUAAGCACUUCUUAGAAUGUUUGUGGUUUAGAUAGGAACGAUAUCAUAGGGGACUUCUAAACUAUUACAAAUUUAAUAAAUAAUUAAGUUAAUCUCACCAUAAUUAAUAGCAACUAAUAUUCAGAUGAUAGUAAUUACAACAAUAUCACUUAUUUUGGAAUAAGAGAAGUCACUAUCUUACUAUUAAAUUGCAAUUUAGACUUUUGUUCAGAGUGUUCUUUAGAUGCCUUUUCUUAAUGUACAAAAUGCAUAGAUGGAUAUUAUUUAGUAUCUGGCAAUUGCAAAUAAUGUGAUUUGAGUUGCCAGACAUGUUCAAGUGCAUAAAAAUGUGAUACUUGCAAAGAUGCAAAUGCAUAAAAAAACAAGAAUGACAUAUGUGUAUGCCCAUCAAAAUAAUAUUUUGAUCUAUUUCUAUUAGCUUGCACUUCUUGUCAAAAUAACUUAUGUGAUUAAUGUAAGUAAGAUAACUCUUAAAUAUGCACAUCUUGCUCAGAUUAGCGAGGUCUUUUAAAUGGAUAGUGUUUGACUGAUUGUGGAAAAGAAUAUUUUAAUAAACAAAAUGUUUGCACACCAUGUGUUGAUAAUUGUUUAGAAUGUGUUGACGAAAGCUCAUGCAAAACUUGCAAAGUUGGAUAUUUUUAACUAAAUACAUGCGUAGAAACUUGCCCAGAAGCUUAUUUCUAAAACACUUAAACAAAUACAUGUGACAAAUGCGAUGAUUCUAACUGCUUAAUGUGCAAUCAAUCACCAUAAAAAUGCACUAAAUGUAAGGAUCCAUAUUUAGUUUCAACUUUAUUUAAGUGCGAAAAUGAAUGUCAAUAAUUUAUUGAAUACAAUAAUAAUGGAAUAUGCGAACUUUGUACAAACAAAAUAAGUAAUUGUUUAAGUUGUUAAUAAGAAACAUGUAUAAAAUGUGUAGAUAAAUUUUAUUUAAGUUAAGAUAAAAAACAAUGUCUUUAAGAAUGUCCUAUAUAAUAAAUUGGAGUCAAUUCUACAGGUUUAUGCACAAGCUGUGCUGAAGGUUGUACAAAAUGUGAAUAAAAUGAUUAAACAAUUUGUUCUAGUUGUAUAAAGGGAUAUUUUUUUGAAAAUAAUAAAUGUUAAAAAAAUUGUGAAUCUGUAAACUUUGCUGAUGAAACAAGUAAUUAAUGCUUACCCUGCAAUCUUAAAUACAGCUAAUGUUAAGAAUGUGAUAUUAAUAAUUGUAAAAGCUGUAAUAAUUUAUAUUUAGACAUUAGUAGCUCUCGUUGUAUUGGUAAAUGUGAAUAAGGAUAAUAUUAUUCAAAGUUAAAAAAUUAAUGCUAGAAUUGCUAAGAUCCAAAUUGCUACUCAUGCAAAGAUAGUGAUCCAAAUUAAUGCAUAGAUUGUAAAUAUACAUUUGCAGGUAGAUAUUACCUUUAUAAGGGUAAAUGUUAUGAAUAAUGCCCAGACAAUUCAUAUAUACUACCACCUGAUAAAUAAUAAUCACGUGAACAAAAGGAAUGUGGUGAUUGUUAUGAUUAUGAUCCUUAAUGUACAUCUUGCACAAGCAAUAUGUGUACUAUGUGUAAUACAGGUUAUUGCUUAGAUAUUUCAACAGGAAAAUGCAUAAAAAAUAUUACUAAUUAAUGUCCAAUAAUGACUUGUAAGGAUGACAACUGUCUUAAAUGUGAUAGUAACGGUAAAUGCACAGACUGUAAGAAAUAAUAUUUUCUACUUGAUGAUUAAUGCUCUAAAUAGUGUAACAAAGGAUAUUAUAAUGAUACAAGUAAUAAUAAGUGUAUAGAUUGCAAAACUUAUUUAGGAAAGAAUUGUAUAUCAUGUACUAUUACAUAUUGUUUAGAAACUGACUGCACUUAAGAAAAAUAAUUUUACAAUAGAAAUUUAAAAGAUAAGGAAACUUAAUGUGUGAAUAAUUGUCCAGAUAAUUUUUACCCUGAUAAAAAUGGAAUUUGCCAAUGGUGUCACAACUAUAAUUGUAAAGGAUGUGAUCCAAAACAACCAGCUAAUUGUACUUCUUGUUUUGAAAAAAAAUACAAUAUAAAUUACUUGCUUUAAGAUAGUAAGUGUGUCAGUAUUUGUUCAAAAGGCUUCUAUUUAUCAUAAGCUUAAGCAAUUUGUAAACCAUGCUAAUCUGAAUGCUUAACAUGCACAGAAAAUGAAUGUUUAGAAUGCAAAGAUAGUAAAAAAUAUAUAAAUCCCUUAGAUUAAAAUUGUGUAGAUCAGUGUUUACCAAAUUAUUUUCCUGGACCAAAUAAAAAUAAUAAGUAACAAUGUAUGAGUUGUAGUUAGUUAUUUGAUGGAUGUUAAGAUUGCGAUUCAAAUUAAUGCAUUAAAUGCGUUGAUACAAAAUAAGUUUUCGAUCCUGUUAGUAAAAAAUGUAGUUAAAGUUGCCCUAUAUAAUACUAUUAAAUCGAGUAAUAAUGUAAAAAAUGUGAUAAUUCUAAUUGCUAAAAGUGUGAUAGUAAUAACCCUAAAAAAUGUAUUUCAUGCUUUUAACAAGGUAAAUUUGUUUUAUUAUAAGAAGAAGAAGGUAAUUGUGUUGAAAGAUGCUCUGAUAACGAAUAUUAGUAAGAUUCCAAGUGUAUUAAAUGCUCUAAAAAUUUUGGAGAAAAAUGUUCUAAGUGUAAUAACAAGAAAUGUAUUACUUGUUCUGAUCCUACUUUUUUCAUUAAUAUUUUUGUUGAUUUUUCUUGUGUUUCUCCCUGCCCUACUGGAUAAUAUGGUGAUUCUGCAACAGGUAAAUGUUCUAAAUGCAAAAAUGAUAAAUGCAAUUAAUGCGACUUGAAAAAUACAACUGAAUGCAUAAGCUGUAAUAUAACUUCUUAGUAUCCUUAUUUACAUUAAAAAAAUUGCAUAGUGCAUUGUCCUUAAUAAUUUUAUUUUGAUGAUUAGAAUGCUUGCUAAUCUUGUUAAAUGAAGUAUGAUUCAAAUUGUAUUGAGUGUGACAAAACAAAUUGCACAAAAUGUGACAUAAAAUCUAAUUAUAUUUAUCUCUAGAAAGAUCAAAAUAAGUGUGUAAAAUAAUGUUCAGACAAAUACUAUACAUCAAAUGAUAAAAAUACACUUCAGUGCUUAAUAUGCCCUGACAAUAAUUGUCUUAAAUGCGAUCCUAACGAACCAAUAAAAUGCUAAAAAUGCGCAAGCGGUUUCUAUUUUAAUCAAUCUAAACAGAAAUGUGCAAAUUAAUGUGAAAAGGAUUAGUAUGGUGAUGAUAGUUUAGGAUUAUGUAUGUAUUGUAAUAUAAAAUUUUCAAACUGUGAUGAAUGCACAAACUCUGAAUGCUUAAGAUGUUAAAAAGACUAUUUUAAAGUUGAUGGAUAAUAAAAUUGUUACAAAUAAUGCCCCUUCAAUACCAUUGAUAAAAUACUAGUUAAUCCAAAUUAUGAUAUGUCUAAAAAUAAACAAUGCGAAAAAUGUCAAAAUGCUAAUUGUGCUGUCUGUGAUCCAAAAGAUCUGAAAAUAUGUCAAUCUUGUUCAGAGGAAAAAUAACUUCCUUAUUUAUAUAAAAAUGAUUGUAUUAAAUAGUGCAAUCAAUAUUAAAAAGAAGAUAUAAAAUACUGCUAUGAUCAAUGCCCAAAAAAACUUGCUCAAGAUGAGAAAACUAAAAAAUGCAUAGAAUGUCCUAAAUUUGUUUAGAAUAAUGAAUGUGUGAAUGAAUGCAAAAAAAGUACAUAUAUAAAUCCUGAACUUCCAAAUGUUUGUGAGGAUUGUGAAAUAUAAUACUCUAAAAAUUGUAGUAUCUGUGACAUUAAUUAAUGUAAAUAAUGUUCCAAUCAGAACUAUCUUUAUGAAAAUAAGUGCUUUGAAUAAUGUCCAUAAAAGACUUAUAUUUAAGAAAAUUAAAUGACCUGUUCUAAUAAUUGUGACCCGCCUUUAGUUAUAUAAGAUAGAACUUGCUAAAAGAAAUGCCUUUCAGGUUAUUUUAUUGUCAGAUUAAAUGGCCAUCAAGUUUGCUAAAAAUGCUCUAACUAAUGCAAGGAGUGUGAAAAAACUUCUGACACUUGCACUGAGUGCUUUGAAGGAGAAGAACAGGAUUGUUUCAAUCAAAAAUCUAUAAAAUUUUAAACUGAAAAAUUAAUAUGCAAAUAGCUCAAUGAGCAAGAUCUUGAUAAGUGUGAAGAAUCCAUCUAUGAACAAUCUUAAACAGUUGCUAUAUUUUCUUAUGCAGUAUAAAUUUCUUUAUUGUUUUAUCUGCUUGUAAUCUUAUUGUCUCACUCUUUUAAUUCAACUUUGUCAUUGUUUUAUCUAUAAAAUUUCUAAAUGCUAGCUAAUUACGCUAUUCUAACAUCGAAUAAGUUUUAGCUGAUAAAAGAAAUGGCUCUAAGGUUUUUGUUGAAUUACAAUGUCUUUUAAAUGAUCCCGAAUCCAUUUUAAAAUGACAAAAACAGUUAAAAGCUUACAAAUUUUAGCCUUUUUGAAAGUAUACUACCGUACUCUAAUCUUUCCAAAAGUUCUUUUGAAAAUGUCUUCUUUCAAGUGUGCAUUAUAUUUGUUAUGAUCAUUUUAAUUAUAGUAACCAUCAAAAGUAAGAAUAAUUAAAGAAUCAUGCAAUAUUUCAGAAAUAACUUUUUUAUUAAAAUUUUCAUGAUAUCUUCUAACCUCAUAUUGCUUAGCUGCUUAAAAUAGCUUUACUAACAGUAGUUUUAUGGCUCAAUUGAUAUAUCAUUCUUAGUGGUAUCUAUAUCUCUCUAUGCUAUUUUAUGGAGCUUAAUGUUCAUAUAAAUCAUAAAUUAUUAAAUAUAAAGCUCACUUCAAAGAAAAUUCUAUCAAAAGAAUAUUCUUAUUUAAAAUUUAGUCUACAUUUCUAUAUUUAGGAGAAUUUUUUGGGUCUUUUACGAAAUCAAAAAAAUAGUAUCAAUCUGCUUUAUAAUUUUAUAUCCUCAAAAUGAUAACGCAGUUUGGGUAAUCCUUCCUUUUAACUUGAUAUUCUUAAUUUAUGUGUCUGUCUAUAGGCCAUUCGAAUAAAAAUAUUAAACAUUGUGCAUUUCAGCCGUUGAAAUUUUUACAAUAAUUCUAUUAACAUAUCUACCUUUUUCAAAUUCUAUUGAAUCUACAACAGGUAAAUAAACUUUGAUAAUAAAAAUAUUAAAUUAAUUAAUUUUAAAAUAUAUAGUUUUUAUUUACUUGGCAAUAUUCUUCUAGUGCAUUAGUGGAUUGGCUAUAUUAAUUUUAACAUUAAAGAGCUCUUACAAAAAGCUGAGGUCAUGCAAGUUUAGCUUUAAAAAUACUAAAAAAAUUCCAAAAUAAAAAGAUAUUAGUUUAGAAAUAAAUAAUAGUCUUUCAUACCAAAAUAAUACUACAUAAAGUAAUUUAAAUAUAAAUAAGAUAAAGAUGUCUUUUAUGCCAAAAGCAAAUUGUAAAUAGUGA